ACUCCCUAUCAUACAAAUAAAAAACCAACUCACACAAAUUACAAAAAGAAAUAAAAAAAAUGGCGGACGAGAGAGCUGGAGCCGAGAUUGUGUAUGGAGCCGACGAGUGCCUUCGCCAUUCCAUCGAGCUUCUAGAUGAGCUCGGUUUCCCUAGAGGCGUCCUCCCACUCAAAGAUCUUGUGGAGUGUGGGCGGGUUCGAGCCACGGGCUUUGUUUGGAUGAAACAAAAGGCUCCAUAUGAGCACUUUUUUGAGGGGACUAAUACACGUGUGAGUUAUGCUAUAGAAGUGACUGCAUAUAUUGAAAAGUGUAAGAUGAAGAAAAUGACCGGGGUUAAAAGUAAGCAAUUGUUGAUGUGGGUACCUAUUGUCGAGAUGAGUAUGGAAGAUGUCAAUAGUUCAAAAAUCUACUUCAAGAUCCCGGUUGGGGUCGGGAAGUCGUUCCCGGUAACGGCGUUUAUGACCGAUGAAGAAAAGAAGAAAUACAUCGAGCGAUCUAAGUAAAUGAUUAGGUUAAAUUGGGUUAAUUGAUAUUGUCAUAUUGUAAUGUCUUCUAUUUUGUUUCUUGAUUUGGUUGUUUUCUACUUCGGGGGAUUUAAUAUCUGUAAUAUUUACUUUCAUAUGGAGAAUAUAUGAACCGAGCUUCUAUUUUAUUAGAAAAA